CAGGAAAUGCAAUAAUUAUUCAAAUUAAAAUGGGAACGAUUGCUCAGACAAUUUCAAUAUUACAAUACUUUAACAGAAAUCGAUUAGUAAAUUUAUUAAAUAUAAUAUCAAUAAUAAUUACCAACGUUAAAAUAAUAAUUAUCAUUACAAAAAUUAUAGCAAAGUUACAAGAUGAAUGUAAAUUACCAGUAAAAGAACCUCUCUUCGGCUCCCGGUAGCAGGGUUCUAUCGCGUGGAGAUAUCGCGAUGCGCAGCGGUAACUGCGAGCGUAACGUCGGCGCGUUAUUAAGAGAUAAAAAUGCAGUUAAAAACUAUUACCACGGGAACACCGACGCCCCGUGCCUCCCAGAAAAACUGCUACGGUGGUAGCUGCAAGAUUCCCGGAGGCUAUAUCCCCGCAGCUUUCGCCGGCGAGCGCAUCCUUAAGUAAAUGAGGUCUUAUCGCGCGGCCCUUUCACAGCCAACGGGGUUGGGCGGCCCGGUUGCAAAAACGUCAACGCUCCAACACACGUAUCGUAGCUCCCUGUUCUUAUCCCGCGAGUCUUGGCGCUUAUCUGCCAUCGUUCCACGGGAACAAACUACUCCGCCGUCGUAAAUAAACCCUGACCGCGCCGCGGAGUGAAAAGCUUCGCCGAGUGUACGGAACGAUCGAGUGCAAAGUGUUCAACGCGAGUGUUCGACGCGAUGAACCAACGAGAAGGGAGUUAAGGGAGUAAAGUUCCCCUUAGUCUCGUGAGCGUGGAACGUUCGAAAGUUCAGGGGUCGUUGCGAAGUCACCGUGAUACGUGUGAACAGGUCACGGGAAGGAAGGAAGGAAGUAAGGAAGGAAGGAAGGAAACCCGCUCGAGGAGGUGUUAUUAAAGUUCCUCUCCCACUGCUGGCGCCUUCCUGAUUCGAGGUGUAACGUUGGCGUUUACGUGGCCGGUGCGAAAACUAUGAGGCACGAUGAUGGGGCCAAGAAUCGGUGGCCUAUCGAGCGGGAAAAUGCUGGACUUCUGCCAGGAUACGCGUCAUGGUUGGACGGUGUUGCUGCUGGUUUACUUGGGCGUCUGCGCGUCCCUGCCUGUCACCAUUUCCUCCGCCCCAGUGCAAGUACGCCAAAUAUCGAAGGAGAGUCCGCAACGACGUCCGAACGACGCCAGUAACGACUCAACCGACGGAGAUGCGCCAGUGUUCGAACCUACGGCAGCGAACGUCAGCGCGUUCGUCGGUCAGACCGUCUACCUGCCCUGCCGCGUGCGAAAUUUGGGAGAUAAAGUGGUGUCCUGGAUGAGAAGCAAGGACCUCCACAUCCUCACGUCCGGGAACACGCCGUUCAGCUCGGACGCGAGGUUCGGGCCACAGCACACACCAGGAAGCGAUGCAUGGACCCUCAGGCUGGACAACGCGAGGAAGGGAGACUCGGGCAAGUACGAAUGCCAGGUGAACACCGAGCCCAAGAUGAUGUAUGCUGUCCAGCUCUCCGUGCGAGAUCCCGACAAGCCGGAGGGAUACGACGAGCCGCAUUCUCAACAGACGCGUAUAAGUUACGAGAGCACAGCACCAGUGGCGGCCAUAAUGGGUCCUCGGGAGCAGAGGGUGUCGUCGGGGUCGACGAUCACCUUGAGGUGCGUCAUAUUGUCCCCGUAUCAGACCCGGCCCAUCAGGGGCGUUCAAUGGCUACGGGAUAACAAACUCCUAACAUUCCAGGCUGCACGAGGCGGAAUAAACGUGGAGACCGAGAGAGGCUCGGCACGCACGGUCUCCGAAUUGACUUUGGCGUCGGUCACGACGAACGACGUCGGAAAAUAUUCGUGCAGACCGACGGAGGGACGAACGGACACCGUAAUGCUGAUCGUCGACCCAGGAGAACGUACGGAAGCCAUGCAACGUGACGCCGGAUACGUCUCUUCCGGAUGCGACGUCAGCCACUGGCCCGGGCUCCUACUUCCGUUCUCGUGGUUUCUAAUACUCGCGCGAAACAGCCAAACUUUCCUGCAAUAGCGCCACACCCCGACAGUAUUUCACGCUCGCUUCUCUGUUCUCCCGUUCCGGACGAGACAGAGAGGCCAGGCCGAGGAAGUACCUACAAAUUCGACCAAGCACGACUAGAUUGUAAGCUAGACACUGUAGACAUUAUUGACGAGAGCGCAACGUCGCGGGACCAGCGCGUUCGAGAGGUGACGCGGUUUUAUUUGGACUUUAAUUUUAGGAAGAGUGCGGCGAUGAAUUUCUUCAGGGAUCGUUGCACGCGUGAGCCGUUCAUUGCAGAAAUCGAUUUACUCCAACAGUCGCAUAAAAAUAUUAACGUCACUGACGAUUAUUUCUUGGCUAUUCUUUUUUAUCAAUUUCAUACACCGUUGGGUGAAAGAUACAUCUGUAUUUAUGCAUUUUAUAAUAUUUAUUUGGAUUUAUAUUGUAAAGAGAAUUUUAUGAAAAGCAAUGUACAUUAUUUCGUCGCAUUUCUCAACUUUUUUUUUUUAUGAAGCUAAUCAGUUUUUGCAAAGCCCGAGCGACGAAAUUCGCCGAAAUACAGCACUUUGUUCCCGGAGCAUCCAAAACUUUGCUGUCCCUGGAAAAACAAACGGCUUUUUUAUAAAUAAAUAAUACUCUGAGACACGUUCCAAGGAGAAUAUUACGGAGUUAAUAUCUUUGUGCAAUGAACGGCUUAUAUGUGAACCUUGAAUUGCUUUCUAAUCGUCUCCUCGCUGGGUCAAGUUUCGAUCGUAGUGUUGUACCUCUGUUUAAUUUCUCUUUAAACCUUCUUUCUUCUUUGAAUUAAUAUUAGCAUAGUUUAUGCUUUCAAUUAGAAACGUUUUCUAUCAGAAAUUUUUUUAAUUAUUUAAUAAAAGUAAAAUUUGACUGAGAACGAAUGGUUGUGGAAAUAUAAUUAAAGAAUUUUAUUACCGUGUACUCGAAUAAAAUUAUUUUACAUCAGUAAAUUAAACGUGGAAGUCUUUUCGUUUCAUGGAAAUUGUCGAUGGCAUCUGUAGUAACCCACAUAUGACUCGAGCCUUUCUGCAAUUAAUAUUCGACGAGUACGAGUGGCAAUCGAGCUCGGUUCAUUUGCGUGGCGCAAAAUAAAUCGAAAAACGAUGUAUCAGGAAGCGUUAAAAUAAUGUUUGCACUGGAACAACAUUUCCUUUCCUGGAUAAUAUCGAGUAAUUUAGCCGGUUAUUAAUAUUCGGUCUGGCUGCGUUCGGCCGGAAGUAGAAUAUGACUGUUGAAAUCAAUAAUGGUCACGUUUCGAUGCCGGAAUUAUUGAAACGUUAACGAAGUGAAAAACUUUACUUAUCGCUUUCGUGUAAUAGAUUCGCCCCUGGAGAUAUCACAAAAUUUGAUGAACCACUCUGUAUUAAUGACACCUACCUCACAUUUACUUGUUAUCUUCUUCGGGUAUAUAGGCUCAUACCGGUACUUUUAGUUUCGAGGAUGUUCGAACAAUUUAACGUAGAAUAAUUUGGUUAGAUGCAGAAGUUAAUUCUGGGCUUCUGUCAUUUAUGAUUCUAGUAUGAACAAAAAUAGUUGUUGAAUAUUCUGUUUCGACAUUCGGUUUUAAAAUUAUAUCUUCUCUCUCGUGACUGAUGGAAGAUUAAAAAUUACAUGAUCUACCUUUAUAAAUAAAUGUAAAGUUUACCUCGAAAAUACAUAGAAUUAAUUCCAACACCUAACACAAUACAAACUCUUCGUUCUCUGACAAUUUCACAUUGUACACAUCCACCAUAUUCUCCGCCAAAACUUUUCAAUAAUCUGUGUCUUAUAUUUACUUUUUUUUAUAACUAAUAUCAUCCACAGCACACUCGAGAUAUUCUGCUCGGCGUCCUCGCGUAAAAUUAUUAAGGAACGCGGUACCAGAGGGGGUGUAAUGAUGCAAUUGAGAGUCAAUUCGUCGGAAAAGUGGCCGCUAUAAAGGCGGCCGCGUCUUCGUCGUCGGUGAAUGUAUUUUUUCCGUAAAUAAUUCAGUAAGUGACCCCGCAAUGCUGCGUUUCAUCUCAACGCGCCGGAACGUCCUUUUCAAUUCACCGUUGCGAUUCACGGCGCUUCUUUGAGCGUCCCCCUUGAACCGAGUAGGAUUAAAGUGGCCGUGCCUGACGUCAAAGAAUGUGAAGAUUAUUUGAUAUCCAGCGCCUCGGCGCCGGUCGAUGCGUCUUGCGCGCUAAGGAACGCCAGCAUUAAUGAAAUCUUUCAGUCAUAAUUACGUUCGCGGAGCCCCGUGUAGAAGGGCUCUUCCGCGACUACGCGUGGAGCGUUGCAGGGUUGUAAAUAAUUAAGCGGUACCAAUUAGAACGAUAAUCACUAGAACGAGGAUGUUUAUGCAUUCGCUUUAUGAAAAAAUAACGAAUUUAUAUCGAUAACGUAACGUAACCAGGACGUAAGGAAAGAAAUAAAAACGUCGUAGUACUUCGAUCCGCGUGAUCUUUAUUUCGCGUCCGAAAAACGAAUGCCUUCUAACGCAACGGUCGGCGAUCGUCAUUUCUUUUCGUACGCUGCGCGUGUAACAAUACUCUUACAAUAAUUAAACGAGAAUAUCAACGCAGAUAAGAGUGAAAUUAUUACAUGCAUCUAAAUCCAUGGAAAUUUAACUGAUCCGAUUAAAUUUUUAUUGAAUUUUCUUCUUAAAAUUGUUUGCAGAAAUGAAGUAUGAAUAAUAGUUACGUUUAAGUUUCAAUUCACUUUCUUUACGUGCGAAAAUGUGAAUAUGCAUAAACAUCCGCACGCACAAUUUAUGACAAUUCUAGGAUAGUUAUUUAUUGUUAUGAUAUCUUUGUGACGAUUUGAGGUAUUUUAAGCAAACUUUAUAUAUAUACUGUAACGAUAUCUACGACAAAGUACAAGUACCGAAACAAUGUACCGAAGCCAUCCACGAAGAACUAACAAUGUAUUAUAAUUUAUUUUCUCCUUUGAAAAGUUGUAAUUUCUGUUUCUAAUAUAGUGACCGAGUUAUUCAAUAAAUGAAUAUAAUAAAU